AUGUAUCCAAAUUGGCUCGUUCUGCUCCACUUGCUGCUGGUUUGUUUGGGAGUUGGUUCGCAAAUGUUUGCACAGCCGCUGACAAAGAACCACAGCAGCAGCGGCAUUCUGAGCAUCAAUCGGGCGGAGGGACAACAGAUCGAGGAGGCCGCUCUGCAGCAGCAUCUGCAACAAAUCACGGGCAGCGAGGCGUUGGCGUCAUUGUUGCUCGAGUUACUGGGCCAAACUGUGCCAAAUUGGCAGGAGCAACAACAGCCCUCCCACCAGCAACAUCAGCCCACCCACCAGCAACAACAGGCCACAAAUCAACCGCAACAACGGGGGCAACACUUUUUUGUUUAUGAAAAUGCCGCGGGUCAACCACCUCAAAUAUUGGCCGGGUUCAAUGGCGUCAAUGUGCAACCUGAACCGCCCAGCCUCCAGCCAAAGCCAAAGCAAAGGCCAAUUCAGACUGAACAACAAUAUGUAGGAGCCGGGCCAAAAAUCGUUGAGGCGCCGCCAGCCGCAGCCGUUUGGGCGCCGGAGCUCAAGAGCCACCCGCCCCCAUCCCCGGGAGUUGCAGCGCCAGCAAGUUGCCAACUCAGCGGCAAUCCAUCGCAAGUUGCCGCCGUUGCAGGCAGGCCCAGUGCCACGCCCUCUACGCCCCCGACGCCCAUUUUGGGGAGUGGCUACGAGACGAUCCCGUUGCUCAGUGCCAUGGCGCUCAAGGCGACAGCUGGUUAA